AUGAGCUUAUUCAUAUCUAUCUAUCUAUCUAUCUAUCACAGACUGUUUCUAUCUAUCUAUCUAUCUAUCUAUCUAUCUAUCUAUCUAUCUAUCUAUCUAUCUAUCUAUCACAGACUGUUUCUAUCUAUCUAUCUAUCUAUCUAUCUAUCUAUCUAUCUAUCUAUCUAUCACAGACUGUUUCUAUCUAUCACAGACUGUUUCUAUUUAUCACAGACUGUUUCUAUCUAUCUAUCUAUCUAUCUAUCUAUCUAUCUAUCUAUCUAUCUAUCUAUCACAGACUACUGUUUCUAUCUAUCUAUCUAUCUAUCUAUCUAUCUAUCUAUCUAUCUAUCACAGACUGUUUCUAUCUAUCACAGACUGUUUCUAUCUAUCACUGUCUGUUUCUUUCUAUCUAUCUAUCUAUCUAUCUAUCUAUCUAUCUAUCUAUCUAUCUAUCUAUCUAUCAUCUCCCAUUUCCGAAAUAUAUGCUUCUCUUUCUUUCUUUCUUUCUUUCUUUCUUUCUUUCUUUCUUUCUUUCUUUCUUUCAAACAUCUUCCCUCUUUCCUUUCCAACGUCUCUUUUAACAUCUCCCUUUCCCGAAAUAUAUGCUUUUCUUUCUUUCUUUUUCUUUCUUUCUUUCUUUCUUUCUUCCUUUCUUUCUUUCUUUCUUUGUUUCUUUCUUUCUUCCUUUCUUUCUUUCUUUCAAACAUCUUCCUUCUAUCCUUUCCAUCGUCUCUUUUAGCAUCCCCCUUUCCCGAAAUAUAUGCUUUUCUUUCUUUCUUUGUUUCUUUGUUUCUUUCUUUCUUUCUUUGUUUCUUUAGUAUUAAGAAACAGGAAAAAUUGUAUUCUGUUUCUAUCUAUCUAUCUAUCUAUCUAUCUAUCUAUCUAUCUAUCUAUCUAUCACAGACUGUUUCUAUCUAUCACAGACUGUUUCUAUCUAUCUAUCUAUCUAUCUAUCUAUCUAUUACAGACUGUUUCUAUCUAUCUAUCUAUCUAUCUAUCUAUCUAUCUAUCUACUUAUCAGAGACUGUUCCUAUCUAUCUAUCUAUCUAUCUAUCUAUCUAUAUAUCUAUUACAGACUCUAUCUAUCUAUCUAUCUAUCUAUCUAUCUAUCUAUCUAUCUAUCUAUCUAUCUAUUACAGACUGUUUCUAUCUAUCACAGACUAUUUCUAUCUAUCUAUCUAUCUAUCUAUCUAUCUAUCUAUCUAUCUAUCUAUCUAUCACUUUCUCUCUCUCUCUCUAUAUAUAUAUGUGUCCGUGAAAAGACUACGUUCUUUUUCUUUUUUUGUUCCUGCCACUUUCUCACACUCACGGAUUCAUUAUUGGGUUGAGGUCAGCCCAAGUAGAUACCCGCCAUUUCCCGACACAGAGCCAAAGAUACGCUUUUUUUUCUUCUUCUUCUGUUCCAACUCUCAAACUACAAAUGGUAAUGCCACUUUUUACGAAAUCUUUUCGUGCUUUCAAAUCCCGUCUUUCUUUUUUUCUUUCUUUCUUUCUUUCUUUCUUUCUUUCUUUGCAGUAUCUACCUUAUUUUUUCUUUCAAAUCGUUUCAUUAUUUCAUUUAUUCUGCCUUUCGGUAUUUUUUCUUACUUUCUUUCACUUUCCUACAAAUUCUUUAUUUCUUUCUUUGCCGUCGAUUAUCUGAGUAGCUUCUUUCUUUCAUUCAAGUUUUUCAUUCUUCCAAACCAUUUCAUUCUUUCUUUUUGCCCAAAUCCCUUUUUUCUUCUGUGUCCUAUCGAGCAUCUGAAUAUCUAUUUUCUUUCUUUCAAAUUAUUUCUUUAUUUCUUUCGCUCAUUCAUUUAUUUUAUCUUUCUUUCGUUCUUUCUUUCACUUUUCACUAAAUACUUUCUUUCUUUGCAUGGAAUCGACAAUCUGGAUUUCAUUCAUUCAUUCGUUCAUAUUUCUUUCUUUCGUUUUUUUCUUCUUUUUUAUUUUCUUUCUUUCUUUCUUUCUUUCUUUCUUUCUUUCUUUCUUUCUUUCUUUCUUUCUGUGCCAUCCAUUUUAAUUAUCAUUUCUUCUUUCUUUCUUUCUUUCUUUCUUUCUUUCUUUCUUUCUGUGCCAUCCAUUUUAACUAUUAUUUCUUCUUUCUUUCUUUCUUUCUUCCUUUCUUUCUUUCUUUCUUUCUUUCUUUUCUUUCUUUCUUUCUUUCUUUCUUUCUUUCUUUCUUUCUUUACCCUCCAUUUUAACUAUCAUUUCUUUCUUUCAUUUCUAUCUACUUUCUUUCUAAUCGAUUUCCUUCCUUCCUUCCUUCCUUCCUUCCUUCCUUCCUUCCUUCCAUUCCUUCCUUCCUUCCUUUCCUUCCUUCCUUCCUUCCUUCCUUCCUUCCUUCCUUCCUUCCUUCCUUCCAUUCUUCCUUCCUUCCUUCCUUCCUUCCUUCCUUCCUUCCUUCCUUCCUUCCUUCCUUCUUCCUUCCUUCUUUCCUUCCUUCCUUCCUUCCUUCCUUCCUUUCCUUCCUUCCUUCCUUCCUUCCUUCCUUCCUUCCUUCCUUCCUUCCUUCCUUCCUUCCUUCCUUCCUUCCUUUCCUUCCUUCCUUCCUUCCUUCCUUUCCUUCCUUCCUUCCUUCCUUCCUUCCUUCUUCCUUCCUUCCUUCCCUUCCUUCUUCCUUCCCUUUCCCUUCCUUCCUUCCUUCCUUCCUUCCUUCCUUCCUUUCCUUCCUUCCUUCCUUCCAUUCCUUCCUUCCUUCCUUCCUUCUUCUUUUCCUUCCUUCCUUCCUUCCAUUUUCCUUCCUUCCUUCCUUCCAUUCCUUCACUUUCCUUCCAUUUUCCUUCUCUCCUUCCUUCCUUCCUUCCUUCCUUCCUUCUCUUUUUCCUCUCUUCCUUUCUCUUCCUUCCUUCCUUCUCUCUUCCUUCCUUCCUUCCGCUCUUAUUCUCUACUAUUAUUCUUUUCUCUUCUUUUCACUUUCUUGUAUUUUUUUCUCUCUUUCCCCUCUCUUUUUCUCCUUUUUUCUCUCUUUUUUCUCUUUUUUUCUCUCUGUCUCUUUUCUUUCUCUUUUCUCUCUUUCUCCUUUUCUCUUACUUUUCACUCUCAUUUUCUUUCUCUUUUUCUCUCUCUCUUUCUCCAUCUCUUUUUUCUAUCUCUCUUUCUCUCUCGCUCUUUUUCUCUCUUUGUCUCUCUCUUGCCCUUGAUCUUUUCACUUUCUACAAAUCUUUCAUGGUUUUCUUCUCUUUAACUACUUCACACCCUCCCCCUUUCAGUCUCAUUUCCUUUCUCCUUUCAUUCAUAUUCUCCUUCUCAAGUGUCUCUUCCUCGUUUUUAUUUCUCAUUUCCUCUCACUCUCUCUUUCUUAAUUUUUUCUAUCCCUCCCAUCCUCUCUCAUUAUACUCCCCCGCCUCAACUCCUAACUCAAUCUCUCUUCGCUUCCCCCUACCUCAUAUUCUCAAUUCGUUUCCCUCUCUAUAUCUAUCAUUUUGUAUUUCACCUUACUCUCCUGCAACGGGGAUUAUUUUCUUCAGAGGACUCAACCAGAUUAUCAUUACGCUUUGCAAAAGAUUAGAAUUCUUUCUCCUCCUCCUCCUCCUCCUCAGCCUCUUCUUCUUCUUCUUCUUCUUGAAUUUAACUUCUUUUAAUGUACUGCCUUUUCAUUUCUGUACCUUCCCCCUCCUUCUCUCGUUGCUUCUCCUCCUCCUCCUCCUCCUCAGCCUCUUCUUCUUCUUGAAUUUAACUUCUUUUAAUGUACUGCCUUUUCAUUUCUGUACCUUCCCCCCCACCUUCUCUCGUUGUUUCUCCUCCUCCUCCUCCUCCUCCUCCUCCUCCUCAGCCUCUUCUUCUUCUUGA